ACUCAUUCUAUCACAACUCUCAUUUUCUUCUCUCUCGAUUCUUGAUAUAUCAGUAACCAAAAACACAGAGAAUUAAAACAUGGCUUACUUCUCCACAGCGACAUCUCUUCUCCUCCUCGUCCUCUCUGUUUCCUCUCCUUAUGUUCAUGGAGCCUCCGACUGCGACACCCUUGUGAUUACCCUGUUCCCAUGUUUACCUUUUAUAUCGAUCGGGGGUACGGCCGAUACACCCACAGCUUCAUGCUGCUCCAGUCUCAAAAAUAUUCUCGAUACGAAACCGAUAUGUCUAUGCGAAGGGUUGAAGAAGGCACCUUUAGGAAUCAAACUCAACGUUACUAAAUCUGCUACUCUUCCCGUUGCUUGUAAACUUAAUGCUCCUCCGGUGUCAGCUUGUGAUUCAUUGCCUCCUGCUAGUCCUCCUACUGCUAAUGGGCAAGGGAAAUGGAAUUUGUUUGGACUCUUUGCUUGAAUCGAGUUUUGGUUGGCGUUAUAACGAAGUUGGGGAAUUGUAAAAGUCAAUUGUCUUCAUAAUAAGAAUUUAGUCUUUUUCCGUUUUAUGUAUCAUGUGACCAUCGCGACAAGAUAAUUAAAGCUUGUGCGGAUGUGAUCUCUAUUGUAAUGUGCCAUGAUCAUGUAAUAUGAGAAGAGCUUUAUCAAACUCUCUAUUUUGUUAAACUUUGACAUUUAGUUGUGUGAUUUCUCUCCUCGCUGCUUUAAAGGUGUGCAUGUCAGAAUUGGUUUUGUGUUUUUGACUUUUGUCUUGUUAUGUUUGUGUGACAGCUCCA